GCGUCUUGCACCCUGUUGCGCAUGCUUGGCGAAUACAGCCUGGCUCAGGAUCGGUGCUGUUGGAACGUCUGCAGCUCGGCUUUGCAUCCCUCCUGGGCAUCCCGCGCCCGGCCAUGACAGCGCACUCCUUUGCGCUCCCGGUUAUCAUCUUCACCACGUUCUGGGGCCUCAUCGGCAUCGCCGGGCCCUGGUUCGUGCCGAAGGGACCCAACCGCGGAGUGAUCAUCACCAUGCUGGUCGCCACCGCCGUCUGCUGUUACCUGUUCUGGCUCAUUGCCAUCCUGGCUCAGCUGAACCCCCUAUUCGGGCCCCAGCUGAAGAACGAGACCAUCUGGUACGUGCGCUUCCUGUGGGAGUGACCAGCUGCUGCUCUGACCCAGGUGCCCCAGCUCUCAGGACGGCCUGGCUCCACUCUCCCUGACGGCCUCUUCGUCCUCACCCUCCCCACCAGCUCUCCUGGUCCCUCCAAGCCUGGGCCUGCCUGAUUCUAGGGCUAAGUCCUCCCUGCUAGUCUGGCCCUGGGGAGCCCUGAGCCCUGGAGCAGGGAGAGCCUGCACCUAAGUCCCCCUGCUCUGGUGUGUCACCUCCCUCCUAAGUGGGCCCUGGCUGGCUGCUGUUAACUUGCUAGCCUCCGUCUUUCACAAAUGGCUCAGCCCAUCACAGCCAGGACUUGCGCCCCCUAAAGAAGGGGUGUCCAGCCAGGGUGGAACCGGUCAGCUCUGCUGUGAAGGGAGGGGCCCACCUGGUCAUGGUGCAGGCUCCUUCCAGCCCUGGUGUGGGAUCUUGGGUGACCUUCUGGCACACUCGAACUUGGCCCCUCUGAAGAUGGGAGCAGAUGGCCACUCCAGUGGAUUGAAAUCGAGAUGUUCAGGGCUUCAGUGGCUGGCGUGGAAGGUCAUGGCUCCUUUGAACAUUCUAUCCCCCCGCCCUCCCCUCCCUGGACCUCCCCUCUGCUGAAGCCUGCUGUCCCCUCCCAGAGCCUGUCAGUCCCAAUGCACAACAGCCCCUGCCCUGAAACCUGAGGCCCAGCUCUGCCCCAUGGAUUCCAGAGCUUCCAACAAGCACCUGCAGGUCCCUGGAGUGGGGACGAGUGGACAGACUGUGAUUUGCAGGGACCUGCAGCACCUUGUGGCUUGGCUCUGCAGGGAGUCUGGAGGGACAGGGAGUGUCAGCCUAGCGAAGGCUGGGACCCUCCAGCCUUGCCCUCAGGCCUCGGGGAGAGGGAGCUCCCAGAGUUGAUCAAACCGAGUACACCCACGUCGCCUGGCGCUGGCGGCAGCCUGGCCACAUGGCCGCCCAGGGGAAGGGAAGCCAGCCUCCCCUAUUUAUUGCCUAUUUAUGUGGCAUUCCGUCCCCUCCAGUGGCUGGUUUUUGUAACAGCGGUAGAAUGUGACGCAUAUC